AUGCCAGAUGCCAACGCGUGGCUGCCCCUCACUAAAUUCCCGCCGUUACAGGGGUUCGCCGCGGCCGCCUCCUGCGAGGCGUCCCGGACUCCCCCACUUGUCACAACCUUUGCCUACGGCCACCAACUCACGGCGGAGGCGUCGCACCGCUUCAUGGGGACACUCCGGCUGGCCGGUUACAAAGGAGCGAUCACUAUCUUUGUGGGCGGGGACGCGUGGAGGACGGACGCGGAGCUCCAGGCGGCGUGGGCGCGCUAUGGUGCUCGCCACAAGCCGAUGGAGCCACUCCUUGGCGAUGAAAGGGAGGCCCAGGGGAAGCGGCGGAACCUCUACGUUUGGAUCCAGCGGCCGUGGCUUGCUGCGGGCGAAUGCCGGCGGGGAGGGCACUGCCACUGCCUGAUUGCGGACUUUCGCGACAUCUACUUCCAAGCGGACCCGAUGGCGCGCUACCCGCGCGGCUCUGACCUCGUCCUCUUCGGCGAGGCGCAGACCUAUGGCCAGUCUGGGCACACGGGCCAGUGGAUCAAGCGCUGCUUUGGGCACAUGGCCCUGCGGAGGAUGAAGAAUGAGACGAUCAUCUGCGCUGGGACCAUCGCCGGCACGCCGUGGGGGCUCAGCACGCUGGGCGCGCAGAUGAACGCUACGUUCCAUGAGCGGAUGCACACCCUCAAGUGGCGCUCCCAGUCGGGAUGUAUCGAUCAGGGUGUCAUGGACUACCUCCUCUUCCGGUUGCGGCAUACCGCGCCGCUUAUCAACCGAAGCGAGGCGUCGCCCUUCUGGUCACUGGCCGACUUGACAACCAUCCAGGAGCGUGGCCGCGGCGGGAUGGUCAACACGGUUGGCAAGCUGAUCACCGAAGGCUCGCUUCGGCUGGGCGAGGAUGGCCUUGAUGCAAGGGGGUUUGGGCAUCUCGCCUGCAUGCGGGGCCCAACAAGGGUGUAG